AUGGCAAUACUCAUCGGUGAAAGUAGUGUCAAGAUCGAGUUACCUUCUGCUUCUAAAGAGGAAGGUAAAACAGAAAAAGUUGAUCCACUGGCACAAGCUACACCACAAAACACAACUCCUUCUGUUGCUAUUAACAAUCAAAGCACUCCAAUUUGGUUUAUAUUGAAGUCUUUUAAUCAUCGCAAGGAUACCCAUUUACAAUUGCCACAACUCCCUAACCGUUACAUUAGGGUUGAGAACAGAGACAUGACUGUAGCAUAUGUCCAAAAGUACGUUGCAAUGAAAUUGGGUCUUGAAAGCGAGAAUGAGGUGGAGUUAUAUCUGAGGGACCUGCCUUUGGAUCCAUCGAUGUGGCUGCUUGACUUAUUAAACUAUUGGGUCGCGACUACGUGUCCUCAAACAAUACUUACAAGAACGGGAGCUUCCGCCGAGGAUUACAUGUUGAUCAUCUCCUAUGGUCGCAAAGCUUAA